CGCCCCUCAUUGACAGUGACUCUUUCAAUGCAGAGGGCUAUGCAACUGUAGCUCCCCACCCCCGCCUCUCUCCCCCAUGCGCUUGUGUUCUCUAGCAUCAGCACCUAACCCCCGCUGAACAGCGACCGUCCUCGAAGAUACGAUGUUAUCGAGAGCGCUGUACUGUAUCCUACAAGCGACAACAGUAAUGACGACGAGACCUGCCGAUUACCAAGCCAAUCAUGGAACAUUUCCGACCACGGGAAAUUUCAAAUGAGAAACUUAAGACCACGUUUGCGUGUUUGUGGAGCCUCCAUCACCGCUUUUGUCUCUUCCCCAGUUGUGCAGGGUCUCUCUGAUGUGGAUAUGGAGAAUGGCAGCGCACAAAGGAGAGCAAUAAAAUAAGACCAAGCCUUGGGCAGUGGGCCUUCUGUUGUGCACAGAUGAAAUGAUUCCUUGCCUACCUUUCCAAAUUUUGGUCUUGCUUCGUUGAGCUUAUGUUUAGUUUCACCUACGGUGUCUGCCGUAUACCUCCCAGAUCUCCCAAAAAAAAUUGAGGGCGCCGCAUCCUGAUGAUGCUGGGAAUGUCAGUCACCUCGGAAAGAAGAACCCAAACACCCUCGCUGCUUCUCCAGCUGCCUGCACGCCACUGACAUGACAACGUGUGGCAGGAAAACAAAAAUCAAAGGGCUCAGACCUAUAGCCGGACGUGUGAACUGGAAAAGAAAGCGUCUCUCGCCGGGUUGCCACACUGGAGGAGGCCGAAACGCGUCUGUUGGGGACAAGCACCAAGGGCAGUGCGGAACUCCGACGCGCCGGAGAGAGACUGGGAGAGGUAUCGGUGUGCCGUACCCUCCUUACCCAGAUAAGGUCGCAUUUUUUUCUGUAACUGUAUGCCCCCAAUGGCUGAGGAUACAAGCAUGAUUUUUAUGUAACAAAAUGUGGAUCUUUCUAUCAUCCGUGUUUUUUCACAUUUGUACAAUUUGAUAGUUUGCACAGGCAGUGUCAAGUAGGCUAAAGAUGAUCAUGAUCAUGAUUCAAGGCUGAUUAUGGAACAGCAAAGGCACCGAUGAAUAAACUGGUUAAAGCAGAACUCACUCUACCGUCGCUGGUCGUUCUGGCACUGCUUCUAACCAGUACCAUGGGUUGCAUUCAGAGCAUCGCCUGCAAGCCACGAAUCAGACGGGAGAAUAUUGUGGUGUAUGAGGUUUCAGCCUCCAUUGACCAGUGCCCGACAGUGAUUGAGGAGAACUCACCGAUUGUACUGCGCUACAAGACGCCCUAUUUCAGGGCUUCUGCGGGUAUUGUUAUGCCCCCUGUGCCAAGAAAUGAGACGUGGACUGUAGGCUGGAUUCAGGCUUGCACUCAAAUGGAAUUCUAUAACACAUAUGGGGAUAUUGGAAUGUCCAGCUGGGAGCUGCCGGAGCUGCGUGAGGGCCGUGUCAAGGCCAUCAGCGACUCAGAUGGCGUCAGCUACCCCUGGUACGGCAACACCACGGAGACAGUCACGCUGGUGGGCCCCACGUACAAACCCUCGCGCUUGACUGUCAGUAUGAAUGACAACUUCUACCCCAGUGUGACCUGGGCGGUGCCCAUCAGCAACAGCAACACGCCAAUGCUGACGCACAUCACGCGCGACCAGAGCUUCAUCACCUGGUUGGUGGCGCUCAACGCUGUCACCAAAGAGCGCAUAGUGCUGCAGACCAUCCGCUGGCGAAUGCGCGUGGACAUCGCCGUAGAUCCCGGCAUGCCCCUUGGCUCACGGGCCUCGCUGGUGGGCCGGCCACACCAGGAGCAGCCUCACAUCCUCAACAAUCCGGAGCCCAUCCCACCCAACGCGUUGGGUCGGCCCAACGCCAACGAUGCACAGGUGCUGAUGUGGAGACCCAGGAGAGGGGCGCCGCUUGUGGUGAUUCCACCUAAGUAACUGCCGGUGUACCUGAGAACUCACGAGUGGGAGUGUCGGGAUUAGAAAAGUAUUCCCCAUAACCUUAACAGAGGAAAGAUACUACUGGAGAUCCAGACAUGCGGAGAGCAGGGUGGAGAACAUGGAGGCGGAGAACUGGACCUGUGGUGCAAAUUGCCUGCUUCUGGAGAAGCUCGGUUGAGCUGAAAGUGGAUGGCUCUGCACAGCGCUCGUUUGCAACCAAUACACCGUACACUGCAUGGGAGGAAAAUAGAAAGAGAAAACUGCUGCUGCUGCUGCUGCUCUGAAGGCGAAAUGGGCUAUUGGUGUCAGGUGACACACGCAAGCUUAUGAGACUCUGUGGGUCUCUGGAACAGAGCACCUUAAGAUCCUGCACUCAGACAGUACAAACCAAAUGAAACAGUGCUUGUAGCCAACACGUUUGUUAGAGAUGAAACUUAAGAGCCAACAAAAUUUAGAGCCACACUUUCAUUUACUAAAAAAACAGAUAAUUUGUUGUCUAAUUUAAUGAAUUUAUAUAUAGCAAAACAGAUUGACUUUCAAUUGACUGAUUUAGAUUCGGAAACAGCUCAGAUUUCUUCAGGAGGAGAGAGCAUGCGUCACCACCACCACUGAUGACCAUUUAAAACACCACCCUCACCUGAACACACCUUCCUAUGCCUCGCAUGAGAACGGAAGUCUGAAUAUUAUGGUUCAAACUAGAGGUGCUGCACCAUAGGGCCAAUCCCAGUGAGUCAUGUGACACACACACACAGAGACACACACAAACACACACACACUCCAUCUGUGACGCUCCCCUGCUUCCAUUAUCCCCUCCCAUCUGUCUUUUUCCAACCCCCCCCCCCCUGAUUUUUCCAUCUCUCUCCCACCCUCCGUCUCCUCUCCAUAGGUGCGUACUACAUCGUGGGGACCAGGAUGCCGUCGUCAGGACAUGCCUGGUGUGAUUAUUCAGUGUUUUGUGAUUGAGGCUGAUACUAGGUGUUGACAUUAGCACUGUCUGAAAGCUCAACUCUUCGGGCUCAGGGCACUGAUUGGUCAGUGGGAGCUCAGAGGGUGUGACUGUAGCAGCUCCCUCAACUGAUUGGUCAGUGGGAGCUCAGAGGGUGUGACUGUAGCAGCUCCCUCGAGAAACAAACGUAAGAGUAGUCCACUACAGCGAGGUGCAUGUUCUUUUUAUGUCGGUUUAUUGUUUGUUUGUGUUACACUAUUGUUCAAAUAGAAAAGAAAUUGGAGAUAUUUAGUUCAUUUAGUUUUCUUGAUUCAGCUAAACCUAUCUGAUGGAAAUUCCACCAGGAUUGCAAAAAAAGAAAACCAAUUUGAAAGUAAAUGCAGAGUCAAUUUAACAAGUACAGGUACAUACAGGAAGUUUUCAAAAUUUGAACACUGGUUCCUGUCGCCUUUGAUAAUGAAUGUCGGACCUUAGCCUGUAUAGCAGGUUGUCAAAGGUAUAGAGUCCAGGCGCUUAUGAAACACUUAACGCACACUCAGGGUCACCACUCCUUCAAGUGGUCACCACGGUCACUUAGGGACAUCCUGCAGUCUCUCUGAUGUAAUAAAUCCAUACCUCUGUUUCUUUUUCUUCACUUCACUUCUGUCUCCUCAGUUUGAAAGUAGUCUGUCUAUCACUGGCUGGCCUCCAGCGGCGUGUCCUUGCGCCUCCAAAGCUCUUCCUUCAAACACACACCACCAAAUGAUGACACUCGUAGUGAGUGAGUGUGUGCUACUGGAGGGCCCAUUAUAACACAGCAUCUAAAAAUCAAGGUUUGAAACACCAGCAGCAUAUUUGUGGUUUAACCUUUAACACAAGAAAAAAAAGACUGAGCUAUUUGAUACCAGUGUUUUUUGCACCAUAAACUGUAUUCUGGGCAGCAAGAAUGCCUUUUCUCUAAUGUCCAGAAGACAUUCAGCUGUCACUACUGUAAUACUUUAAAACAUGAACUGAACUUCAGGAAAAUCCAUGUGAGGUCAUACAACAAAUGAUUGCAUGAUAAUAGUCGUUUACUCUUUUAUGUAAAAAAUGAUUUACAGAUAAAGGACCACUAUACGCAAUGUAAGUUUAAUGAAGACAGCGAAGACAAAUGCAAUCUUUAGUUUUUCAAGGAAACUCUCUAAGACAACAUAAGGCUUAUUUCAUCCUAUAGGUGCCAGAACCCGUUUUUGUACUACUCAUGACACAUUUCUUAAAAAAGGUAUUCACCGUGGCAGAGCAUCAGGGGCUG